CAGCUGCGGUGGCGCUCUGAGCGGAGAUAGUCACUCGUCCGUUGCACUGUGGCUCUCGCUGUGGGUCGGGGCCGCGGCGCUGCAGCGAGGGCAGAGGUGGAGAGUCGAGUCACGGAGCCGCGGCCCCGGCAGCUGCAGAGAGGGCAGGCGCGGCUGGCGCCCCCCCGGGAGCCGAGAGGUGUCGCCCAGGUAGUGCCCCCCCGGCCGUCGCUCCCGUUCCCAAGGCAGGAAGAGGCUGCUGUGGGCGGGGGCCGCUCGCUGUUUCCCUGCUCGGUGGUGGCUGCGGGCGGUGUCUCCAUGUCGGACAACCAGAGCUGGAAUUCCUCCGGCUCCGAGGAGGAUCCCGAGACCGAGUCCGGGCCGCCUGUUGAGCUCUGCGGGGUCCUCAGCAAGUGGACCAACUACAUUCAUGGGUGGCAGGACCGAUGGGUAGUUUUGAAAAACAACACUCUAAGUUACUACAAAUCUGAAGAUGAAACGGAGUAUGGCUGCAGGGGCUCGAUUUGUCUGAGCAAGGCUGUUAUUACGCCUCAUGAUUUUGAUGAAUGCAGAUUUGACAUUAGCGUAAAUGAUAGUGUUUGGUACCUACGAGCUCAGGAUCCUGAUCAUAGACAACAAUGGAUAGAUGCGAUAGAACAACACAAGACUGAAUCUGGCUAUGGAUCAGAGUCAAGUUUACGGCGCCAUGGCUCCAUGGUGUCUUUGGUGUCUGGAGCAAGUGGAUAUUCUGCUACAUCCACCUCAUCGUUCAAGAAAGGUCAUAGCUUGCGUGAGAAGCUUGCUGAAAUGGAAACCUUCAGAGAUAUCCUCUGUAGACAGGUUGAUACUUUACAGAAAUAUUUUGAUGCCUGUGCAGAUGCAGUCUCCAAGGAUGAACUUCAGAGGGAUAAAGUGGUUGAAGAUGAUGAAGAUGAUUUUCCUACAAUGCGUUCUGAUGGGGAUUUCUUGCAUAAUAGUAAUGGCAGUAAGGAAAAAUUAUUUCCACAUGUAACACCCAAAGGAAUUAAUGGCAUAGACUUUAAAGGGGAAGCUAUAACUUUCAAGGCAACUACUGCUGGAAUCCUAGCUACACUUUCUCAUUGUAUUGAACUCAUGGUAAAACGUGAGGAGAGCUGGCAAAAAAGACUGGAUAAGGAAAUUGAGAAAAGGAGAAGAAUAGAAGAAGCAUACAAAAAUGCCAUGACGGAACUUAAGAAAAAGUGCCAUUUUGGAGGGCCAGACUAUGAGGAGGGUCCUAAUAGUCUGAUUAAUGAAGAGGAAUUUUUUGAUGCUGUUGAAGCUGCUCUUGACAGACAAGAUAAAAUAGAAGAACAGUCUCAGAGUGAAAAGGUCAGAUCACACUGGCCAACAUCAUUACCUUCUGGUGAGGGAUACUCUGCUGUGGGGACUCACAGAUUCGUCCAAAAGCCCUAUAGUCGCUCUUCCUCCAUGUCUUCCAUUGAUCUAGUCAGUGCCUCUGAUGAUGUUCACAGAUUCAGCACCCAGGUGGAAGAGAUGGUGCAGAAUCACAUGACUUACUCUUUACAGGAUGUAGGAGGAGAUGCCAAUUGGCAGUUGGUAGUAGAAGAAGGUGAAAUGAAGGUGUACAGAAGAGAGGUAGAAGAAAAUGGGAUAGUCCUAGAUCCUUUGAAAGCCACACAUGCAGUCAAAGGCGUUACGGGACACGAGGUCUGCCAGUACUUCUGGAAUGUUGAUGUUCGUAAUGACUGGGAAACAACCAUUGAAAAUUUCCAUGUUGUGGAAACUUUAGCAGAUAACGCAAUCAUCAUUUACCAGACACACAAGAGAGUGUGGCCAGCUUCUCAGCGGGAUGUGCUAUAUCUGUCUGCUAUUAGAAAGAUACCGGCGUUCAGUGAAAAUGAUCCUGAAACUUGGAUUGUCUGUAACUUCUCUGUGGAACAUGAUAGUGCCCCUCUGAACAAUCGAUGUGUUCGUGCCAAAAUAAACAUUGCUAUGAUCUGUCAGACGUUGGUGAGCCCACCCGAAGGGAACAAGGAAAUAAGCAGAGACAAUAUCCUAUGCAAGAUUACAUAUGUAGCUAAUGUGAAUCCUGGGGGAUGGGCACCAGCCUCCGUGUUACGAGCAGUGGCGAAACGAGAGUAUCCCAAAUUCCUGAAGCGUUUUACAUCAUACGUGCAAGACAAAACAGCAGGAAAGCCUAUUUUCUUCUAGUAUUAACAGUGAUUGAAACAAGACUGUGUGUGAACAUUCCAUGUUGGAGAAAUAAACCAAAUUGAAGGCUCCAAGCUGGAACAUAGGAUCUACAGUCUUUUUGUGGCCCAAGUCCUAGGCUUUGUGUUCUGAAGUGAAGAAAUACUGCAGCACCGUGAGGCUGAACAUCUAACACUAGCUGUCUUCUGCUAGCUCUCCUUGCUGAAUCAGUGUGUAAUUAUAAAUACAUGUAUUGAUACAUGUAUAUGGAUAUAUUUUUAUUUGCUUGCUUUAGAGGAGAAAAAAAUACAACUUUGAAUCACCAACUUGGGUUACUGCUUCAAUUUUAAACAAUUUGCAAAGCUUUUGUUUACUGUGGCCCUUCAAGACACACAUACGGUUUUCUGUUUUUGUGCAUGUCUAAAAAGCACAAAAGACAAAUGCACAUAUAGCAUACUGUAUGUGCUUUAUAUGCACAAAAACCUGUGGGUGGUAUUUUUUCAGGUUUGCAGUAAAGUCUAGGUGACCUUUGGGCAGGGGUUUUGUUUUGCUUUGUAUAAUCAUAGUUCAUUGCUGCUGAAUCAUCUUGUUAUGUAAAAUGUCUCUUAAUUGAGGGCUGUCAAUAUCCACAUGACUUUGCCUUUUCUGUUAUCUUACUCCUAUGAAGACCUUUGGCUCUGAUGGAGGAAGACUGUGAAAAGCUUUAUUUUUUUCCCAGAUAUCUUUAUAUUUCUAUUGUAUUUUUUAGUUAUGUAAUAUGUGCUACAGAAUUUAUUGAACAUGAUUCAGAAAUUUCUAGGUAGAUUCUAUAUGAGAGGGCGAGAUUGUGCCUGAAAACUACAACAGUAGUCUGUCCAUGCUAUGUUACAUGUGGAUUUUGUGAAACUGCAAGAAGGUACCCUGUAAUAUUUAUUAAAGCAAAUUGGACUACAUAGGACAACAUUCCCAGUCUGCAAGUAAAAGCGAGUACAUUAUUUCCUGGUCCUGCACAUUUUUGUACUCAUCUUCAUUAAAGCCACACUAUGAGAUAUGUGUAGAAAAUGUGAGUUGCGUUAAUAUUUACUACUUGAUCAGAAACUUAACAGAGCUAUAAGAAUCCACAGAUUCUAAAUGAAAAGUUCCCCUUAGUUGCUGUGAGAACUUGAAUGCAAAUAUCUGCCUGCCUUUGAUCUCUGGAAAUAGCCAUGAGGAGUGGACUGUGGGGGCAGAGAGUAGUACUCACUUGAGCGGAUAUCUCGCCUGGCAGCCUUUUAGGUGGAGAUUAUUCAGAGGCAUUUCUUGGGCACUUCACUAACUUGUAUAUGUCAAACAUAAGAUUCAGAUAUAUUUUUUCAAAAGAAAGCUGAAAGUCUUAUUUAAUAUAGUGUUGCAGGUGCCUGGAUAUAACUACAAAAGAGUAAUUCAAUGAAGAGUUGGCUGAUAAAUGUCUGAUAUCUGCACAAUGUUGUAAGUGAAUUACUCCUUGUGUCUGUUAGUCUUUAUUCUGUAUAAAGAGGUACAAACACAUAACAUAUGGUUACACAUAUACAUGCAGAUUUCAUGCUCUAUAAAACUUCUCUUUUAUUUGCCUUUCUCUAAAUGGUGUGCAUGGAAUAUGCCUUAUUACAGAAUAAUUCUGUUCAUGAUUUGAAUAUGUAGAAAAGUGCCUAUAUGGUAAUGCUAGUAAGGCAAAUAAGAUUAAAAUU